AUGAGCUGCAAAUGCCCCCUCUGCGCAGGUGAAGACCUUACAGAGCUCCUCGCGCUGACCAAGACCAUCUCGAGCAACAUCCAGUACGGCGACGGCGACGAGGGCGACGAGCCACCGCCAGCCCGAGGUGGCUUCAUGGCCAACUCGCCUCCGCCAGCGCCCCGAAAGACCUUUGUCGCCAACUCUCCGCCUGUCCAGGCCGCCAAGCGCCCGGCCGCUGCGCCGAAAGUUCCGCCACUCGAGUUGAAGGCUGCCGAGACAGCACCGCCGCCACGAGCAUCACCCACACCGAGCGACGAGCCGAGCCCGAGCCAGGCGCCGCGACAGACGAGCGACGAGCCUCCGUUGGCGUUCGAAGCGCUUGAAGCCAAGGUGGCCGACAAGAAUUGGAAAGUCCGAAAAGAAGCCUAUGACGAUCUGAAGCUCGCGUUCGAGACAGGGCGAGGCGUCGACGGCGGCAACCCGAUCGAGUUCUUUGGCAAGAUGGUCGACGACUCGAACGCUGCCGCGAUGGAAGCCGGCCUUGCUGCCGUGCUCGCGUACACAAAAGAGGCGACGCCGCAGCAGUGGAGCAACAGUGUCAUUGCGCGGACCAUGACCAAGGUCAUUGACAAGUGCUUUACGGGCCGACCUGGCACGGUCAAGCUCGCCGAGGAGCUCGUGCUCGAGUACAUCCACCAAGGCGGCGCCGAAGAUACGAUCGCGGCGCUCAUCGAAGGCACGAAGAACAAGAAGCCCAAGGCGCCACCGCUCUGCGUGAGCUUGAUGCUCGAGGCGCUCAAGACGUUUGGACCGCGCGUCGUUCCGAUCCCGCCCCUCAAGGCGGCCCUUCCCGCGCUCUGCGAGUCGACGGUCAACAACGUGCGUCCGACGGCGCUCAAGGUCAUUUGCGAACUGUACCGCUGGACGGGCGCGCCGCUGAUCCAGGACAUUGUCAACGGUCUCCGUCCCGCGCAGAAAACAGAGUACGAAGAGCUCAUCAAGGACAUCACACCCGGCCAGGCCACGGUCACGCGGUACGUCAAGGGCAAGGAGCCCCGCGCGGCCCCCGCACCGCGUGGUGCGCCUGGCCGUGCUGCGGCUGCCGCAGCCCCCGUGGCCGCGACCAUGGACCCGCGCGAUUUUGCCGAGACGAUCGAUCUGCUCGCGAAGUUGCCCAAAACCGAGUUCAAGGCCAAGCUCGCGUUGCCCAAGUGGAGCGAGAAGGUUGCGGCGCUGCAGAUCAUUCUCGACACGGUCGGGUCGGUGCCCAAGCUCGCGAACGGCGAUUAUGGGGACCUCGUGCACACCCUUAAGCUCUGCAUGCAAGACGCCAACGUCAACAUCACGGCCAAGUCGAUCGAGGUCCUCGGCGUGCUCGCCGACGGUGUCCGCAAGCCGUUCUCGCAGUACGCACGUCUCAUGCUGCCGCUGCUCCUCAAGAAGCUCUCGGACAAGAAGUCACUGAUUCUCAACGCGACUCACCAAACGCUCGAUAUGUUUCUGCAGCACGCACUGCCGCUCGACGCGAUGAUGGACGAGAUCAAGCUCUCGGUCGACGGCGCGACCAACAAGAUUCCCGCGGCGCGCGGCCAAACCAUCUCUUUUUGCAGCGCGCGAUCGCAAAGAACGCUCAUGAAGACGCUCGGCGAGCUCUUUGCGAGUGGCAUUGACGACUCGGACCCAGGCCUCCGCAAGGCCGGCGUCGAGGCCAUGGUGACGCUCGUCGAGUCCUCGGACAGUGCUGGUCGCAUGGUCAAGGCGACGCUGGACGGUCUGGAGAAGCGCCAGCCGCGCAGCUACAAGACGAUCGAGGCUGCCAUGGGUAGCGCGGGCAGCAGUGCGUCGUCCGAUACCUCGUCGUCGGCGCCCACGAUGCCCGCGUCGGUGCCCAAGACGGCCGUGCCCAAGCCUUUGGAAGCCAAGAGCACGCCCAAGCCGGCCGGUCCUCCAAGUCGGCUGGCGGCAGGCAAGAAGCCGGCACCGUCGGCCAAGGGUCCCAAAGCCCCCAUCGCGGUCGCGUCGACGUCGGAGACCAUGACCCUUUCGAGCGCCGACGCGGAGCAGAUGCUGGCGGAGCUCGACCUCGAGCAGUGGUCGUCGAUUGUGUCGGGCUUUGGCAGCGCCAAGUGGUCGGAGCGCAAGGCGUCGUUCGAGCUGCUCGAAGAGGUCGUGAAAGGCAACCCGGACUUGGCGAGUACGCACACGGAGGCGCUCGUCAUGUACGCGUACGGCCAAACCAAAGAGUUUAAAGAGUCGAACGUGCAAGUGCUCAAGAGCGCGUUCCAAGCGCUCGCGACGAUCUCGGACGCGUGCGCCGACCCGCUGCCGAAGAGCGUCGUCUCGUUCUUGGUGCCGUGCUCGAUCGAAAAGAUUGGCGACCGUAAGAUUAGCGACGCGAUCAAGCUCUUGCUCGGGUACUUUUGCGAGCACGUCGGUCCCGCGUACGUCCUUGGAUGCGUCUACGCCCACAUGCCCAACGUCAAGGCCGUGCUCGCGCUCAUCGACUGCCUUACGUUCUUCAGCGAGUGCAUUGCCGACUUUGGCGCGGCGCUCUGCGACCCCCGUGCACUCAUCGACUUUGUCAAAGGCGCGCAGGGCCUCGAGAGCUCGAAUCCCAAGUGCCGCAUUGCGGCCAUGAGCGUCUUUGGCACCAUGUACUCGCAGCUUGGCCCGGCGCUGCGGCCGCUUUUGGGCAUUGACAGCUGGAAGCCGGCGCUCGCGUCGUCGGCCGAGGCCGAGUUCAAGAAGGUCGGGUACAACCCCGCGACGGCGACCGCAAGUAUUUCGCGCAAGCUGCGCCACGUCGAAGACAACGGCGGGUCCGUCUCGCUCGCGGCUGCGCUCGGUCGUGUCGACAUUAGCGCCAAGAUCUCCAAGGAAAUGCUGGCCGAGAUGCAGAGCGAGGAAGACAAGGCGGCGUGGAAGAAGCGGCUCGCGGCCAUGGAGGCUGCCCAGCGCCUCUGCGAAGAGGCGGGCAUGAUGAUCGAGCUCACGAAGCCCGUGAUCGAGGUCAUGAAGGCGCUGAAAGGUCGUCUCGCCGACUCGAACGCGAACCUGAAAGUCAAGGCCGUCCAAGUCAUUGGUGUCUACGCCGAGAGCAUUGGGCCCAACGUUGUCAAAUUGAGUAAGGGCAUGGGUGCCAACAUUGUCUCGGGCGUCUCGGACAACAAGAAGAACAUGCAAACCGCGUGCGUCGAGACGCUCAACAAGUGGGUGCUGCACGAAGGCGCAACGUCGGCGCCGUGCCUCGAGUCGCUCCUCCCGUUCGUCGCCGAAGGGCUCAAGAACACGGUCGGCCGCGCCGAGCUCCUCGGGUGGGCCGUGCCCCACACGGAGAGCGUUGGCAAGAUGGACUUGCGCUGCCUUAUCGAACCGACGAUCGACUGUCUCCAAGACAAGGCGUCGGACGCGCGCGAGAAGGCCCAGCUGCUCCUCAUCCAAGUGUUCCGGUCCGUCGGCAAGGACGCCGUGUACGCGGGCUGCCGUGACGUGCUGCCGGCCAAGAUGCGCACGCUCAAGCCCAUCAUUGACAAGGCGUGCCAAGCCGCGACGGUCGACACGUCUCCGAUUGCGGAGGUCGAAUCCAAGCCGCCACCGCUACCCAAGGCUGCCGCCCCCGCUCCGCCUGCAGCGCCUACCCGGCAAAACUCACUGACGGCGCCGCAGCGACAAGAUGACGCGCCUCGAUCGCAACCGCAAGAACAAGUGGAUUUUGAUGCGUCCGACGCGGCCGAUGUGAACGCACGCAAGGCGCAGGUCGAGGCCGAGUGGGGUCCGUACGUCUCGGCCGACUUGCGCGCCAAGCUCUUCUCGACGUCUCCCGACAAGAUUAUGGAGGCGAUUGACGAUCUCUCCAACUGUGUGACGCACCAGCCACGGGACGUGCACACGUCGCUUGAUUUUAUCUUGAAGUGGUCGACGCUGCGCAUUGUCGACAACAACGUCCAAGUCCUCGCCAAAAUGCUCGACUUUCUCGUCAAGCUCUUGUCGGUCGUGGCCGAGAACAAGUGGGAGCUCGACGAUGUUGAAGCCGGUAUUUUCCUCCCGUACCUCUGUCAAGAGUCGGGGCAGCAAAAGCCGCGCUUCCGCCUGCGCUUCCGCGACUCGUUGUAUCUGGUCGUGGAGGUGUAUCCAUCGGUAAAGUACGUUCCGUUCCUCCUCGACUGCGUCGCGACCUCGAAGAACACCAAGAGCCGCACCGGGUGCCUCGAGACGCUCGAGUACAUUGUGAAAGAGCACGGGUACGCGGCCGUGGGCAAAAAGUGCCUCCGCGAGAUGGGCAAGUGCGUCGACUGCAACGAAAAGGACGUGCGCGAUGCCGCGAUCCAAGCGCUCGUCCUCGUCUACACGCAAGUGGCCGACCCGAACGUCGACCGCUUCUUUGUGCUCUGCAACGUGACGAGCCAAAAGGCCAUGGACCUUAUCAACCUCAAGAUCAAGUACUACCUCCCGACCGACCGGCCGACAGCCAAGACUGCGGCGGCGCCCGUCGUCGUCGUCGAAGACGAGCCUGCCGAGGAGCCCACAGCGUCGUUGGAAGCAGUCAAGACGCCGCUGCCGUCGCCAAAGCGCCCGGCCAUGGUUCGGACGCCGUCCAAGUUGGCGCCUCCGACGUCGAUUGCGACGCCAACAACGACGGCGACGACGAUUGCAUUGCCGUCGCCGGCGCGGAAGUUGCCGACGCCGACCAAGCGCAAGGAGCCGUCGCCGAUCGAUGUGCGCGUGAUGCUGUUUCCGUCGUUGCAAAAGCUUGUCGCGAGCGCGAAGGAGCUCACAACAGACCCGGUGCACUUCGAGCAGGGCAAAGACGCGCUCAAGACGCUGUACGUGAUGGCGUCCAAGAGCACAUCGGCCGAACAAAACUUUCUUCAAGACAACAUCAACGACGUCCUCGUGCAGGUCUGCGCCAUCAUGCACGCAAGCUUUGGGAAGCUCCAGAGCUCCCAGAUUGAGCUUUACGUGCUCUCGCUGUGCCUCUCGACGAUCGCCAACUUGCUCAAACACGACAACUUUGCGGCGCGCGUCCAGCGGUUUGCGAUCGAGCGGCUCGUGCUCGAGUCGUGCUUUGGCUUGCUGGACCCGCGCAUCGAGGACACGGAGGCGUCGUUUGCGAAGCGCGUCAUGACGGCCCUCAACAAGCUCGCCAUGACGGUCGCGUACCAGCUGCGCGUCAGCGAAGUCCUACCAGCGAUGCUCAACCUCCUCGAGCGCAUCGUGCACGACCACGCACCCGAGUACACGCUCCGCGACGCGGUCAACCGUGGGCUCAAAAAGCCGACGCUGGAGCGGCUUGUGAGCAAGCUGCUCAUCAAGACGGCGCGGCGAGAGCUCGGCAUGCCCGAGCCCUUCCUCAACGUCGAUGUCUCGGGGCUGCUGCACUCGAUGCACGGCUUCUUUGCGACCUUUCCGGAAGACAAGGCGUACAUUCACGACUCGGCCCGCAACGCGAUCAAGGCCAACCUCAAGUUUCUCGCCGACCACUGCGCAACGAGCGGUCGCCGCGCCGUCUUUGAAGCCGCGCUGCGCGACGUGCCGCUCUCGUCGCCCAUCCACGUGAUGCUGACCGACAUGCAGUACGACUUUGGCCAGCCCGGUGCCCGGAAUGUGUCCGAGUCGGUCGAGACGCUAGGCGACGCCACGGCGGAUGCCCACGCCAAGAAGCAAGCGCUUCUCGGUCUUGUGGACGCCAAGCAAGCGCACGCCGGUGGCAAUUUGGCGUCGGCGCUCGCGGAGAAGGGCCUUGUCGCCAACGAAGAGGCGCGACGCCUCGCCGAGGAGCUCGAGCCGUCCGAGUACGCGCCCAAAGUGCCCGCGAUUCUCUCGACGCCGUCGCGGCUCACGGCGUUCUCGGCGCAGAACUUGACGCGGUCGGCGUUCAAAGCUCCGGAAGCACCUGUUCACACGACUGAUGCGCCGGUGGCCAACCCCGCGCCGCCCAAGUCGCUCGCGCUGCUGGACCUCAAGCAGCGCCUCGCGCGUAUCCAAAUGCAAUAG